GUUUUUGGAUUGCUGCUUUUGUCGAAACUACUGCACAUGUAGGACUGUGAUGUCACUUCUUCUCACUGAUUAUUUGAAUACAGGAGCGGACAUUGUCGCAUGGCUGAUGAAAAACCUCUCCAUUGAGGACAUAGCUGAAGCCAUCCACCUCGGGAGUUUGGUCGCUGCCAAUGGCUACAUCUUCCCCAUCUCUGACCAUGUCCUGACCCUUAAAGAUGAUGGAACCCUUUAUCGCUUUCAGUCUCCUUACUUCUGGCCUUCAAACUGCUGGGAGCCGGAGAACACAGACUAUGCCAUUUACCUGUGCAAGCGCACCAUGCAGAAUAAGGCCAGGCUCGAGCUAGCUGACUACGAAGCCGUAACGUCCACAUCCUGUCCCUUUGAGAAAGCCAGGGUCCUAACAGGACUGCCCUCUCCCUCUUGA